AUGUUUUCCAGCCGGCGCCAGGCAAGAAUCGCGCUCGUCCUACUUGUGCUGGGCGCCGUCCUGGCUGCUGUCUUCUCGGGGGCUUCAUAUUCUUCCUCUUUCGGUGGCUAUGCUGGUGGCCCAGCGCUGAGAAACCUGCGCAGGUCGCUGCUCUAUGAACGCACCUUGACGGCUGUUCUACCAUCAUGGGCGCAUCUGACGACCUCUCUGCUACUUGCUCGCCAGGCUCCUACCGUCGUCUUGUCCCAGGGAACCGUUGUUGGCACCAUCCGCGACGAUGCUGAUUUCCCGCAGUCGCUCGAGGCCUUCCUGGGCGUCCCUUAUGCGCUCCCGCCGACGGGCCAACGACGCUUUGCCAGGCCUGAACCGGUCAAGAAGUCUUCGCAGACGAUUGAUGCCUCCAAAUAUGGCCUGCGAUGCAUCGCUGGCUCUCUCGACGGUCUCAUCCCUGACUGGGGCGAAGACUGCCUAAGUGCCAACAUAUUUCGUCCCAUGGAGACCAAGGCUGGUCAGAAGCUGCCUGUGCUCGUCUAUUUCCAUGGAGGAGCUUUUAAUCUGGGAGCUGGACGAUUUCAUGAUACGGCUGCUCUGCUGGCCUGGUCGGAGAAGCCAUUCGUUGCUCUGAAUUUUAAUUAUCGUCUUGGUGCCCUUGGUUUCUUAUCGUCAGACGUGAUGGCCGAUAAACGCCUGCUCAACGCCGGCCUAUACGACCAACUCCUGCUCCUCAAAUGGGUUCAGGAUAACAUCGAGCAAUUUGGAGGUGAUCCAAACCAGGUCACCAUCAUGGGUCUCUCGGCUGGUGCUCACUCGAUCAUGUAUAAGCAGCGUGGCUCUCGUCCGCUCUUCCAUCGAGCACUGCUGGAGUCUGGUGCCACUACUGCCAGGGCUGUCUAUCCGCCUGAUGCGCCCCUGCCCUCCGUGCAGUUUGACGAGUUUGUCGUUGCUGCUGGCUGCUCCGAUGUUGAUAGAGCAGAUAUCAUCUCCUGUCUUCGUGAAAAGCCCAUAAAGACCGUCGGCCAGGCCUCUAUCGACAUAUUCAACCGCUACAAUCCUUCUGACCGCUGGGCCUUCCAACCCGUCAUUGAUGGUGAGAUCAUCAGUGAAGCUCCUGUCCUUGCCUGGAUGUUCAACAGCUGGAACAAAAUCCCCAUCCUCACCGGUUUCAACACCGACGAGGGUUCCCCCUUUGCACCCUCCGGCAUGGACACCUCGGCAGAGUUCAACAAAUUCUUCACGGAUCUGAUACCAGCCUUGGAUGAUGCAGACAUCGACAUGCUGAACAAACUGUACCCUGACCCGGCCGUUGACUCUUCGUCACCAUAUCUUGAUACCCGUCCCAUCAGCGUUGGCUCACAGUACAAGCGGGCAACGGCUGCGUACGGCCAGUAUGCCUACAUCUGCCCCAUCCAACAGACCGCAUAUCACGCCUCUGCAGGCCAGACUCCCCCAGUUUUCCUCUACCACUGGGCCGUCAACACUACCGUCAGGGGCGGUGCAGGCCACGGAGAGCAGGUGUCGUAUGAGCUCUACAACCCCGGCAUCCGAAAGAUAUCCAAGACGCAAGAGUUGCUAGCGGGUUUCCUGCACGCCUACUUUACUUCCUUCGUCACGUCCGGAGACCCAAACGCUAUCGCUGGAAGAUACGCCGAUAGGCCCAAAUGGAUCCCAUUUAGCGCUAGAACUGAAAACAGCGUCAUGUUGAUGGGAGAAGGGAAUGAUGAGCGUGCCGGGGGCCAUGGUAUCGGUAUCCCCGCCCAGCUGGGAAAUAUAAGCUACACCAAGGAAGAGUGUGACUUUUGGUGGAAGAGGACUAUCUUGUCGGAGUCAUGA